GCCAGCUGGAGGGGAGGUUCCUCUAGUUUACGGGCAAAGCGGGGUGUGAGCAAGAGGUGGGGGCGGGCGAACGGCUUCUACCCUACUGCCUACCCAGGUCUUGUGACAGUCGAUAAAAUUAUGCCUUCCAGGAUGUUUUGGUGCAUAUUAAUCGUAGGACUCCUUCGCCAUUCUUUGGCCCAUACUGACUUCUUCACUUCAAUUGGUCAUAUGACAGAUCUAAUCCACACGGAGAAAGACCUGGUAACGUCCCUGAAAGACUAUAUUAAAGCCGAGGAAGUCAAAUUGGAACAAGUGAAAAAGUGGGCAGAAAAGUUAGAUCAGCUAACCAGCACAGCUACAAAGGACCCAGAGGGGUUCCUUGGGCACCCUGUAAAUGCAUUCAAGCUAAUGAAACGGCUGAACACUGAGUGGGGUGAACUGGAGAAUCUGGUCCUUAAAGACAUGUCAGAUGGCUUCAUUUCCAACCUGACCAUUCAGAGACAGUAUUUCCCAAAUGAUGAAGAUCAGACUGGGGCAGCCAAAGCCUUGUUGCGUCUCCAGGACACCUACAAUUUAGAUACAGAUACCAUCUCAAAGGGUAACCUUCCAGGAGUAAAACACAAGUCUUCUCUGACAGCCGAGGACUGCUUUGAGUUGGGCAAGAUAGCGUACACAGAAGCUGAUUACUACCACACUGAGCUGUGGAUGGAACAAGCGUUAAAGCAGCUGGAGGAAGGAGAAGUGUCCACCCUUGACAAAGUCUCAGUUCUAGACUAUUGGAGCUAUGCUGUGUACCAGCAAGGGCACUUGGAGAAAGCGCUUCUGCUCACCAAGAAGCUUCUUGAACUGGAUCCUGAACAUCAGAGAGCCAAUGGAAACUUAAAAUAUUUUGAGUAUAUAAUGGCUAAAGAAAAAGAUGCCAAUAAAUCUACCUCAAAGACUGCUGAUGACCAUCCUGAUCAGGAAAGUGCUCCUAAAAGAAAGGAACAUGGCAAGGAUUACCUGUCUGAAAGGCGGAAGUAUGAAAUGCUGUGCCGUGGGGAGGGUCUCAAAAUGACCCCUCGGAGACAGAAGAAACUCUUCUGCCGCUACCAUGAUGGAAAUCGGAACCCUAAGUUUAUUUUGGCCCCAGCCAAACAAGAAGAUGAGUGGGACAAACCUCGCAUUAUUCGUUUUCAUGAAAUAAUUUCUGAUGCUGAGAUUGAAGUUGUUAAAGACCUAGCAAAACCCAGGCUGAGCCGGGCUACAGUACAUGACCCCGAGACUGGAAAAUUGACCACAGCACAGUACAGAGUAUCUAAGAGUGCCUGGUUGUCUGGCUAUGAAGACCCUGUGGUGUCUCGAAUCAACAUGAGAAUACAGGACCUGACCGGACUGGACGUCUCCACGGCCGAGGAGCUCCAGGUGGCAAAUUAUGGAGUGGGAGGACAGUAUGAACCCCACUUUGACUUUGCACGGAAAGAUGAACCAGAUGCUUUCAAAGAGCUGGGCACAGGCAAUAGAAUCGCUACCUGGUUGUUCUAUAUGAGUGAUGUGUCAGCAGGGGGAGCUACUGUCUUUCCUGAAGUAGGAGCCAGUGUUUGGCCCAAGAAGGGAACUGCAGUGUUCUGGUAUAAUCUAUUUGCAAGCGGAGAAGGCGACUAUAGUACCAGGCAUGCGGCCUGUCCAGUACUAGUUGGAAACAAAUGGGUAUCCAAUAAAUGGAUUCACGAACGCGGACAGGAAUUCCGAAGGCCAUGCACCUUGUCAGAGUUGGAAUGAUACAGACUUUCCCCAUUCCCUUCCUUCUUCCUAGCCUUUAAAUAUGUGUGUUGUCUAGUACACACUUUUCCAAAUUUAGCAGUUUACAAUUGACUAACAACACUCCGCUACAGAUGCAGUCUCGAACCUCAUCCCGUGUUUCAUCUGUGGACCAUCUCCUACUUUUUUUUUCUUUCUAAAGUAAUACAAAUUAAUACCCAUUGUGCGUAUAUAAAACCUUAGGGUUUCACAAGAUGGGACAACACCAAGUCAGGGUCUCGCAUAAGAAGAUAAUAAGACUGUUAUAGGAUAUACCCUGAGGAAGUUCUUGACUUUCAAAGAAAUCUAGCGUGUGGAUGUCAAACUAUAUGAUGACUCUCUUCCAAUCUAUGAAUGGCGGGCUAGGCAUGGGCAUGCUGAUUUUUGAGAGCAACUUCUUUGGGCAUGCGAAUCAUGUUUACCUAACUAACCCCUUCGCUUCAUCCUUUCAUCCUUAAGAGUCUGCCUGAAAGCAGGAGGUAUAAUGUGACUGCCCUCUACACUUGGUAGAGUGUAGAAUUUAUCCCACCUAUAUGCCAGCCUGAGCUCUCCUGCCUUCAAAAAGAGAUUCUGACACAUCAUUAAUCUCCAUCGUCUCUCACCGACCCCAGAAGUGCAUUUGACUUUAAAUGAAAGACUCAGAUCAGAUUGGUACCUGAAGUCCUUUAGCAGGAUUGCCAAAUAACUUCCUAAGUAUUGACUCUUCCUAAAAUCCCAAGACUUUGUUGUUUCUCCUAUCUUCCUGAAUCAUUGUGACCAUACAAUUGCUGCUCUUCUCACAUCUUAGUGUUAAUGCUUUGCCAGUUAUUCCUGCCAGAACAGGAUGGUAACAUUAGCAUUUUGAAUCAACAAGUGUGCCUUAGGAGACUGGAAAGUUAAUGUACAAGACCUUUAAAUAAUGAGGUAAAAUUACAAGCAUUGAAAGCGUUUUCUUCCUGAAAAGCCAAAUUGUUUGCUUUUUCAAUUCUGAAAUGUUUUGUGACAAUGACCUAUUAUUUAUAAUCUUAAAUCUUUUUUUUUAAA